AUACUAGGCGGCGCUAACCCCGCAAUCCGCACUCUGUUCUACCGGCUCGUCCGGCUCCUAGGCCUUGCCAUCCAUCCGAUAUUCGUGUUCGAUGGCCCCAACAAGCCAGCCUUCAAGCGGAACAAACGUUCCGGAGCCCGCGGUGACGCGGUAGCCACCGCAAUGGCGAAACGCCUAAUCCGGCUCUUCGGUUUCGCCACGCACGACGCUCCCGGCGAGGCGGAGGCCGAGUGCGCCCUGCUCGAGCAGCAGGGAGUCGUCGACGCCGUGCUCAGCGAGGACGUGGACACGAUCAUGUUCGGCUGCCGCAGGACGCUGAGAAAUUGGUCUGCCGAGGGGACCAAAGGGUCCAAGACGCCGACCCAUGUGUCGAUGUACGACGCCAGUGCGGUGGCUGCGGGACCGAGCGGGCUUGACAGAGAGGGGAUGGUGCUGGUCGCUUUGAUGAGCGGAGGUGAUUACCUUCCUGAAGGUGUCCCUGGGUGCGGCGUCAAGGUCGCCUGCGAGGCGGCGAGGGCCGGGUUCGGCCGGGACCUGUGCCGGAUUAAAAGAGCGGACAGGGCCGGUCUGGCGGCGUGGAAGGAGCGGUUGCUCCAUGAGCUGCGGACGAACGAGAGCGGCUUCUUCCGGACGAGACACAAGGCCUUGGAGAUCCCGGAGAGCUUCCCGAAUCUGGAAGUUCUAAGAUACUACACUCAUCCGGUAGUUUCCCGGGAGGCCACUAUCGACAGACUAAAGAAGGAGUUCCCCAGCGAGGGCGCCGUAGAUGUCGUGGGCCUUCGAGACUUCGUUCGCGAGACGUUCGACUGGGCGUUCCGCAUUGGCGCCGUGAAGCUCAUCCGCGUCUUGGCUCCCAGUCUCCUAGUCCAGCAGUUCCUUGGCAGAUACGCCUCAGCCGAUGGACGCUCCGACGAGCUCGAAGUGAUCCAGAGGGAGGAGUCAGCACUCGUCAAGGCUAUCUCAAGCAGGCGGAUGCACUUCAGUACCGAUGCAACACCCGAACUUCGCAUCUCAUUUAUUCCGGCGGAGAUCGUCAAGCUGGACCUGGGCGCGGAGCCCGAGGAAGAGGUUGAGGCCUUUGGGCGAACAGGAAUCACGCUGAACAGCGACGAUGAGUUUGAUGAGGAAGCCGCAGAGUUUGGGAACGACCAGUCGAAGCCAGAAAACAGUAAGAAGGCUUUUGACCCGCUGCAGCCGGAGCUGGUUUGGAUUCCCGAGACGGUUGCCAAGCUGGGAGUUCCCCUGACCGUGGAAGAUUGGGAAGGAAAGCAGCGGAUGAAGGAGCAACGGGUUGUCGAGAAGGCUACCCGCAAGCCUAGAGCCAAGAAGACGGAUAUGCCUGUCGGGGCGCUCGACAAAUACGUCAAGGUCACCAAGGGCGUCUCCGAUAGCAUGGCCAAGGAUUCUGUUGGCCCCAUUCUUGGUUCCUCUCCUCCUAGAAUCAGCUACUCGUCCAACCCGCCCGCGGCAAAGGGAAGAAGUAAGCUAUCCAAGAAGACCUCCGCAGCCUCACAGGCCACCCAGCCGCCAACCGACAUCAACCCUUGGACGCUGGCCAGCUCACAACGCAGUUCCAGGGCCGCCAAGUCUUCUCUGUCUUCCGCCUCACAGACACAACCCCAAUCGAGCUCCGCCCAGGAGCCUAUUAUUAUCUCGUCUAGUCCUGCCGCCCCUGGGUCGCCUCCGGCCGCUUACGCGCCUGUGACGCGCUGCGAACUGACGCCCACGAGGACAAAGCGACCACAAAUUCCACCAGUUGAUGAUGCGGUCUCGCCGCCGCCAUUAUUCAGCCCGUCUCCAAUCUCGACAAAGCAGCGGCUCCCGGUCUCGGACAAGUUAGUUGAAGGGGCUCGCGGCUCAGUCGAAGUGCAGCCUGCCAGGAAAGAGAGGCCUUUCAAGAGGGUCAAAAGCGGAGCCGAAGACCGCGUCACAGUCUCAACGCAGAAGUCGAUCAGGGAUUUUGGCCGAGUGCUUAAGAACGGGAGUGUUCCGUUAGCGGAUAGCAAGCUUACCGCCGCCGAAAAAAUACAGCCGGCGGAGAUCUUAUCCGAUGACGAGGACUUCCCCGUGCUGCCGCUGAAGAAACCCCCAGCCUCGAGCAUACUCAGUCGGGACCAGAAACCUUCCGCGGCGAACACCUCCAGCAUCAUCGCCGACAGCGACCCCUUUGCCUCCCCGCUACCCGCACCGCUGCGCACGCAACUUCCACGUCUCCCCGACACCUCUAAGGAUACUCCCGCCCCAGCAAGACAGACGACCAAGACGGGCCAGCCAGACCCACCUGCUGCUGCCGAAGAGGCAACGGGCACGUCCGCAGUAGCAGACGGCGCAGGCGCAGGCACGGACACGGAGAGAAGCAAAGAGGCAGACACCACGAGCACAGGCACGACCAAGCUCUACAUCCCGCGCACGAGCCUCGGCGGGCAGGGCUACUUCGACGAAGUCGAGGUCGGCCGCGACGAGGCGGACGCGCUGGUGGCCGCCCAAAAUAAUAAUAAUGACACCUCCGGCGCGGGGCUCGGGGCGACGGAUGGCUUAACACGCUCGAGAAGAAGCCGGGCGUGGCGGCAGAGCGAUAUUGAGGUCUUUGACCUGACCGGGGAUGACUGA